AUGGCCCCCGAGUUCCAGGCGGCAGUGGUUGCAGCACUGGCACAGGUUGGGCUUAUCAACCCUCAGCACCUGGCUGGAACAGCGGACACUGCAAGUGGGGAGCUGGCCGGCAAGCUCUCCAUUGCGAAGGAUGGCUUGCUCAAACGCACCUUUCGGUGUGCCGAGGUCGUCUCGGCGGCUAAACGUGCGAAGACGUCGGCGAUAGCUUCCUCCCAACUUUUCGAUGCAUCCCAGAGCUCCCAAGUCCCGAGCGCCUUGGCGGCAGGGUCUUUGAUCAGCCUCCUCGGGCUGGAGGCAUCAGCAGGGGCAGUGGCAAGUGCCUUGACGGCGGGAAGCGUCGUGGUGGAUUUCAACGACAAGGUUGAGAAGGCGGCGGUCAGGGACCUGCCGUACCACCUCAGGCCUCAUCCUGCGCUCUUCCAGCUUCUGGUCGCGGCGGACAAGUCGGCCCAAGAGGCCGUCCCAGCCCGCAAGGCGUACACGUACGUCGACCAGACCCACAAGGGCGUGUUCCCUUGUUGGAUGGGGUCUGAAGCGGUUGGGGGGCACACGCUAAUGCCCAGCGAUUUUGACGGAGACCCCAACGCGGAUAUUGCGUCAUUGGGUGCGAUGGGGGGGGCCUUCAAGGGCGCUUUGGAGACAGCCUGGAGAAGCCCAGGUACUACCGCAGCAUGGUACAGUGGAGUGCAGUCUGGCGCCGGUACGGUCGCCACUGGACAGAUGACAUGGCCCAUGGUGCUGGUGCAGGCGGACCAGAUGCACAAGCUGGAGGAGAAAGAACGCAUUCCCGGAAAUCUGCCCGGGCAGUCGAUCGCGUCCAGGGCGGAAUGGGGCGACCCGACCUUCUUCGAUCUCGUGGCGACCUUCAGCGAUGUGGACAUGCAGGUCUUCGAAACCACCAAGACCAGGCUGCUCCAGACCGGUCUCUCGAGGCGGCAGAAGCUUGGGCGGGGAGCCGAGAGGAUCAUGUCGAAGGCCGCCCAGGCAGCGAAAGCGUUAGCGAAGCAGCAAGUCCAUUUGGAGGCCUCGACUGGAGCGAUGUCGAGGAGCGGCGGCAAGGGCGGCGGCAAGGGCGGUGGCAAGGAACGCGCCGGCAAGCAUAACAGGCGGGAAACCUUUUCUUCCAACGGGCAGAGGCAGAUCAUCGGCAAUAAAAAAGAUGAGGGCAGCCAGCGCUGGGGCUGGUGA